AUGAAAGCGUUGACAGAAUUGGCAGGCUUGGUCGAACUGGCAGAGUUGGCCGAACUGGCAGAGUUGGUCGAACUGGCAGAGUUGGUCGAACUGGCAGAGUUGGUCGAACUGGCAGAGUUGGUCGAACUGGCAGAUUUGGUUGAGCUGACAAUGCUGGCCGAGGGCCGGAUCAAGGUAAUGCUUGCAGUGCUGACCAACGUUACACUGCUCGCAUAUUCACAGGCAGGUUCCCGUCGUACGAAGAGAGUCUGUCCGUUUUGA